AUGUUUGCCUGGUGGCUAAUCUUAAUUAUCAUCGGACUCAAUGGCGUCGGUCUUGUUGCCACGCUGUGGUUCGUCUACCACUACUGCCACCCCGACGACCUCAAGUAUAACCAAGGCAUUCUAGCUCAAGUCGUCGUCAUAUUCGGAUUUCAAAUCGCGUAUCUUUCUUUCUGCCUGGUCGCCACAGACGCCUAUAAUGAGCGCUUCGAAGGCCAGUUCAAUAUGUCCUACUGCUGGAAACUGGUGUAUUUAAUGAUAGUUAUAUAUCUCUCAAUUGUCUUACCCUUGGCCGUAUUCUACUACGAGGCUGACAGCGAUCCUCGUAUUACCAAGACGUCGCCACUUGUUCAGACAUUGAAGCGCGGAAGUAUGUACAUAGUGGCUGUUUGGGGCGUAAUAGGUUUACUGUAUUUGGCGUGCCGCAAGAUGACUAUCGGAGGAGAGCAUUGCCUGGACGAGGGUUGUUCGGUGUCAGUGCCGACAAGUCAGACGGUGACGUUGGAGUUUCUGUCGUACCUGAUAGGGCUUCCGGGUUUUAUCGGGUGGUUUGUGUUCAUGUUCACGGGUGGCAUCGGGAUUGCGUCGGUUCCGGUAGGGUUGUUUAUGAAAUGGUGGCAUUUCCCGAAACCGCUACCUGUUCAUGAGUACGAGAAGAUGAAAAAGGUAUUAGGGGAGCGCGCAACAGCGUUGCGGGAGGUUGGGGAAGGUUUGGCGGCGCACGAAAUGCGGAAGAAGAAUGGCCUGAGGAAUCCAACUGCGCGGAUGCGGUUCAGAUCAAAGGUGAGCAAGUACAAGGAGAUUGUUCAACUUUUGUCUGAAGAGUACGAGCGUUUGGAAAAGCGUGCCGGGGGAAAAUUGAAUCCAGUCAAGUACAUGUUUUACUUCGUUUUGGCGAUGUUUAGUUUCGUCCUGACAGUGAUCCUCUGGUGCCAGGUAAUCAUGGCGUGUCUGUAUCCCUCGGCGACCGGGAAGCCGCCGAUAAACGGUAUAAGUGUGGCGUUUACCAAGAUGAGAGAAUGGCGUGCAUUCUUUCCAGAGUUUAGUUUGUACCUUUUGAUAUAUGGUCACCAAGUGCUUUGUUCAGUGGUGGGCAUGAUUACGUUAAACGCCAAGAUGAAGGGAUGUCUACCCGUGGAACCGUUGCGGAAAAAAUCCACCCACCUGAACGCAAUGCUGUUUCACACAGCCAUUAUGCUCACUACGUGCUGUGCCAUUGUUGUCUUGUCAGUGGAAACGCUUCCGUCAUAUGUGGAAGGUACUGAAGCAAACACGAUCUUCUACAUGGAGAAAAAUUAUGCUAAACUUUUCAAGACGUUCUAUCGGAAGGCCGUGUUCCAAUGGAUUUGGUUCCUGCUCUCGUGCCUCUCGUUCAUUUGGCUGAGUAUCUGGCCCUCCACCAAGCCGCCAGUCAAUCUUGAAGAUCCCAAGGAAAUGGCAAAAUGGGCAAAAUUGAACCAAAAACUGGGCAUUGACGCCGAGGCGCCCGGUGGUGUGAAAGACCCAGGUGUCCCGGCGGAGGAGAGUCCCGGCUCCGCCGACAAAGGCGGACGGUUCAGCAAAUUAAAAGACAAAAUGCACCGGUUCGACAGAGGCGUCGAAGAAGCACCCCAAAAAAUGCUCGGCGCAAUGGUCAAGAAACCUUGGGAAUAA